AGUUGCAUCGUUGCGUUCUUGCCAUUCUGGCCAUGUUUUUUAGCCAACAGCCGCUACCAAACGCUUCAGUCUAUAAGCGACAACGUGUACGAGCGGUCGCGUUCUUAUUCUUUUGCCCGCUAAUAACUAACCAAUACUCAGAAAGUAACCAAGCAUAGCGCCACUGAUAAUCUAGUAGCCUAGCAUAAACGCAGCUUUUCGAAUAAACGCAUGCAAUAAAAAAUUAUUUCCGAGAGAUUUCCGCGCGCUUAGUUCAAAACGUGUACUUGCAUAUAUUUGCGCUUAGUUUAAUCGUACUUCAAGCGGCGCGGCAGAAUUUCUAUACAAAGCGACUCAACGCAUCUCAAGCGAUAGUUCCAGCAAUUGCAUAUUUUGAUUAUUGACAAGUGGUGUAAAAAAUUUUGAGAUUGUAGCUAACCGGGCGCGUGCUGUAUUCAUUUACCGCGUUGCUUUGUAUCCAAAUGCUAAAGUGUUGCUCUUAGCUAUCCGCUUUCAACGUAAGCGUUUAAAAGCGCUUUGCAUAAACGGCAGCGCAUACCGAAAAACCACUUUAAUAAAAAAAAAUAAAAACUACAACACAUAAACAAAUCUAACCAAAGCGCACGCCAUACGCCGCCUAGUAGCCAACUUCCGCUGCUUAGCAAAUAUAUUCAAACCAUAUUGAAAGUGUCGGAACAGCGCUCAGCCAGCUAUUUCCUGACGCUGCUUGCGAGCGGAAACUGUAAAUUCUAUUACGAUUUUGCCAUUGUUGUUUUUCGGCUUUCUCGCUCUAAGCGCGCUUGUAGAUUUGUAACCGCGUGGCUCAUUUCUGCCCACUUAAGGUUUACAAAACGCGCGUAUGCGUCUAAGUCGACAAAUAUUUAAUAAUAAUUAAAGAGUGCACGCAAUAACUAAAAAGUAAAAUUACAAUAAAAAUUAAAAUAGCAACAAAAUUAAUUUUGUGUUCAAAUGUUUGUGUGAGCAGCUAUUACAAAUUACUGUUACAUAUGGACGCUUGUAUGCUGUUGGCAGCGCGUCAAAGUGUUGUUGAAAGUGAAGAUUUAUCGCACUUAAUUAAAUCGCGUGGAAAAUAAACAGUUAAAAUAAGAAGAACAACAAAAGUACAUUGUGUUUGGCGUUGAUUCAAAGUGCAUGUAAAAUAGUGCAUCAAAUUUAAAUAAUAUAAAUAGUUAGUUAAAUUUAACAAUACUAACGUGAGCUAAGCGGUUUUACUAACCAAACAUACUAACUAAUAUAAUCUGAAUAAAUUUUAAAAUUGUUUAUUAAGCACAAAUAAAAAAUAAAUCAAGUGAGUUUCAACCAAUACGCACACAUACACUGAGAAAAAUCUAAUUAAAAUUAUUUCAAAGACUACAGUCUUGAGCUUCCUCAGGGGUUUUCUAGAACCGCGACGACUGUAACUUCGAAGAAGCACUGAUCUCAUCUCAAAGUGAAAGAGUUGAGUUCUGGAACUUUGCUGCUACACAUAUAUUGUAAAAGCAGCGUGUGUAUGCUCAAACUUGCUUUAUAUCACUCACAAACAUUUGCAUAUUAAAUAUAAGCAAGAGAAAUAACUAAACUCGAUAGCUAAAUAAAUAAACACAAACUCCACUCAUUCAAACCAAUACAAAUCUUAAAAGUGCUAUCUACUACUCUAUAAUUAUACCCGCAAAAAAUACUCCCUCUCCAAGCUACCCGCAAAAUAACCAAUAUAGACAUAUUUUCACUAAGUUAGUGCCAGCAAAACUAUUUUUAAACUUGUGAAAGCUUGUAAAUUUUGCGUGAAAGCACUCCGAUCAAAAGCAUUAAGCGUGAGAAAGUGAAAAGGUAAUUAACGGAGCAACAGUGUGCAACUACAAAGGAGCUUACAAAACAGCUUAAAAGAAAGCGCAUCAUUUUGAGCUUUGAAACCAAUUUAUCACCCGCUUUCCCUCUUACCCAGGCUUUUACCCAUACAUUUAUAUACAAAACGCUAACUAUAUAUAUUUAUAUGGAAAGAGAGAAAAUUAAAGCGAAAAAGUGAAUUUAAAUUUAAUACCAAAGCUCCUGCUACUAUAAAACGUGUGCAAAUUUUUAAAUUGGUUUCGAUAAUUUAUUGUUGUGCGCCUCAAAAAGCUGCUGCAGUAAAUAAAUACAAAUAAAAUAGUUACAAACCUAACGAAUACCACUGUUGCGAUAUUGUUUAACGUAGUUUACGAUUUUGUCAGCGAGCUAUCAAAAAAAGCUCCAAAAAUAACACGAAAAGUACCGAAAAAAGCUUACUGUAAUAUACUACCAUAUUUGCGCCGAAGGCACUCAAAGCAACAAAAAUUUAUGAACUUCUAGUCAUCGACUAAUCCGCGUUGCCAUAACAACUAACCGCGAUUCGGACAAACGUGCGCUAAAAAGUGUCGCCUACAUUCAGUUAACGACGCCGUAAACGUCAAACAUAUUUCGCAUAUUUCGUAAAACUCAAAUAUACAACUUUUCAAAAACGUAAAUUUUCAAAACCAACUUAUAUAACUGACAAGAGACGGCGAAAAAUAUUUUGUUGUAAAAUAAAACAAACAAAAAAUUAAGUAACAAAUCAACAACGAAAACAGCAAAGAAUCAACAAAAUCGGUUGAAGAUUAGUAACAGCUCUCGUGUGAAAGUGGUAAAAGCACAACAGUGCCGCAACGAAAGCUACAAAGUAUUUGUAUUGAUAACAACCAAUAGAGAGGAGACUUUAUGGUAAAAUAAUAAAAAAAAUCCUCGAAGCCUACUUCGCGUAAAACUCAAAAGCUCCUUGUACAUCUAGCAAGUAUAAGCACAUGUAAAGUGCUGGUGGAAAUAAAACGAAAAAAAAAGAUAGAAUCACAAACUCUCCUAUCCGUGUUUGAGACCGUAACCAAACAACUGUGAAAUUGAUAAAAAACCAAUUAAUUUUACCAAUAAAUACCAAUUCAAGUAACACUAAGUGAACACUCUCAUAACAACAACAAGUAUAAUAACAAAAUGGCAGCUGUCGUCCAUGUGAAUAGCCUGUUGAAUGGCAAAGAUUCACGUUGGCUCCAAUUGGAGGUGUGCCGUGAAUUUCAGAGGAAUAAAUGCUCCCGCCAAGAUACCGAAUGCAAAUUCGCUCAUCCGCCCGCCAAUGUCGAGGUACAGAAUGGAAAGGUGACCGCUUGCUAUGACAGCAUUAAGGGUCGCUGUAAUCGUGAUAAACCGCCGUGCAAAUAUUUUCAUCCACCACAGCAUUUGAAGGAUCAAUUAUUGAUAAAUGGACGAAACCAUCUUGCCUUGAAGAAUGCACUGAUGCAACAGAUGGGUAUGGCAACUGGACAGCAAGUCAUACCGGGACAAGUGCCAGCCGUGCCUCUUGUUUAUUCACAGGCCACAAAUCCCUACUUAACCGGAAUACCGGCCAAUCCGUACCCUAGUCCAUAUUAUGCGCCUGGAACUUUAGUGCCUGCAUUACUCGGACCAGAUCACACACAGUUGGGUCAAGUGGUGCCACAAACGGUACAAGUGGCACAGCAGAAAAUCCCACGUUCCGAUCGAUUAGAGGUUUGCCGUGAAUACUUGCGCGGCGCCUGCAAGCGCGCCGAGUCGGAGUGUCGCUUUGCGCAUCCACAGGAUAGCGUCGCCCGGCACGAUGACGGUUCGAUAACGGUGUGCAUGGAUGCCGUGAAGGGCCGCUGCACGCGCGAUCCAUGCCGCUACUUUCAUCCCCCCUUGCACCUGCAGGCACAAUUAAAAGCGGCGCAAACGCGCGCCACUGCUGUCGCUACUGCGCACCAUCAUUCGACCAACAACAUGCCGUCGUCAGCUGCCGUCGUCGCUGCCGCAGCCGCUGCUGCCCAACAGCAGGCCGCUCAAGCACAGGUCCAGGCUCAGGGCACAACGCAGACGAACGCCGCCAAUGCUGCUGCCGUCGCUGCUGCCGCUGCACUCGCUAUGGGCGCCGCAGGCAGUGGGGUGGGAGCGAGCGCUGGCGCUCAUCAUGCACAGCAUCAUCAUCAUCAACUGGAAGUGGGCAAGAAACGUGCCGCCGCGGACAAUGACAUGUUACAACUGAUGGAUGUUAAAACGGUUGGUUCAUUUUACUAUGAAAAUUUCGCUUUCUCCGGAAUGGUACCGUUCAAGCGUCCCGCUGCCGAAAAAUCCGGUAUUCCAGUGUAUCAACCCGGCGCGACCACCUACCAGCAACUCAUGCAACUGCAACAGCCGUUCGUACCAGUGUCAUGUGAGUACCAAUCUCAAAAUGGUGGGACGCCAUUGAGCGCCACUACCACUACUUCUACUUUGAGUACUUCUACCAAUACUACUACUACUACCAAUAUGAAUCCAUAUAAUGCUACUACUGCAACAGCAGCAGCACAAGCAGCCGCCGCCGCAGCAGCCGCAACAACAACAACAGCGGCGGCUACAAUUGGUGCCGCCACAUUAUUAGGUGCUAGUAUCACAACACAACAACAACAACAGAUUGAACAGCAUCACCACCAACAACAACAGCUACACAACCAACAAAUGCAACAACAGUUGCAUCUGUUGCCGCCACCACCACCAAGCACAACCACACCAACAACAACUGUCACUUCCAAUUAUCCUUUACACCAACAUUAUAGUAGCAAUAGCACCCUGUAUAAUAAUAAUAACAGCAACAACAAUAAUAUGAAUAAUCAUAAUGACAAUAGCAACAACAACAACAGUAGCGCUCUAACAACCCCACCCACAUCCAAUUCCCCCUCCGCUAGUAGCAUACAUUCUAUCCCAAACACAGAAUCAUUGCAAAUAACAACACCAACAUCAUCACCAUCACAAACAACAACAACCACAACAACAUCGGCAGAUGUUAGUAGUUUGUAUGAAACCAGUAGUAGUAGCACAUACACGCAGGCUAGUAACGGUAAUCAGAACGGCGAUCAAGCCGGCAAUGAGGCGUCGUCAACGCUGCCGUCAACGUCAACGCCGUCGCCAGGCGGCGUAACAACCAUUUCGUCAGCGUAUGUGCCAUACAACAAUGGCGAUAGUAAUUUGGCUAGUAGCAACAAUAAUAAUAAUAAUGUAUUAUAUGUGAAUAAUAAUAUUUUGAGUAACGGUAGCAAUAAGUUAGCGUCCACAACAACACCAACAACAACAGCUAGUGCAGCAGCAGCAGCAGCAGGUGAAUGUGAUGAUGACAUUGCUGAUGGCAACGAUGCUGUUGCACCAACAACCAUUCCGUCAGCAAUUGUUGGCGCUAUCGCAACAACAACUACCACGAGUAGCAAUUCACUCUUUGCUGCCGCUGCUGGCGCAUACAUUUUCGACAACACAACAACAACAGCAAAAUCAUCGGCACUAACAGCACACACAGCUAAUGCUAGCGCUAGUAGAAACGAUAAAGACGCUAGUGAAGAUAGCAAUAACAACAAUAGCAACAAACCCUACUUUAGCAACAGCAAAUAUAGCUACAAUGCUUCGGCUAACCAAUACAGCGUCGCCAAUUCACCUGUUAAAUAUGCCACACAUAAAACAUCAACCGCCGCCGCCAAUGAGGCAGCGCACUCCGCGUAUGCCGCUUACGCCUACCAAGCACAGGCGGCACAAGCCGCACACUCCCAUGCAGCCGCUAUCGCCUCCUCCACUUAUCCGUCCACCAGUUUGUCCAACGGCGCGCACAGUGACACACAGUCAUACAGCGUCUACAAUGGCUUGAAUGGCCAUGCCAACACAGCCGCCGGCAUACUACCGACCCCGCUUUCAGCUGCCUCGACGGCGGUUUCCGCCGCCUCUGCGGUUGCCUACCAGCAGGCACAUCAGCAGCAGCAGCAACAACAGCAAAUGUUGCGUCUGUAUAAUCAGUAUGCUGGCGUCCCCACUAGCGCUGCCACCUCGUAUGCCAACCUGCUGGCUGCUUCGCAUGCUGGUUAUGCCACACCCACAACCACUAUGGCUCACAUGCCGGCGGCAACCGGCAUGACUGUGCCUUCGUAUGCCGCUGCCUACGGCAUUCCCGCUUCGUCGGCUGCUGGCGCGGCCACAUUGACACCCACUUACGCCUACAGCGCUUACGGCAGUGCCACACCCACCGGCUAUUAUGCCGAUGCCAGCGCACUCGCCAAAGAGGCAGCACAAAAGAAUUAUGUCAACGCCAUGAAAAUGGCUGCCGCCGUUAAUGCUAACCAGUUGAGUGGCAAACCGCUUACUGCAGCUGCCGCUACUGGCAUGCCAACUGCAGGCACUUAUGCCGGCUUACAGUUAGGUAAGGCUUACAUGGCCGCCAUGCCUGGCAGCGCUAAUGCCAUAGUUGCUCAGCAGCAGCAUGCCGCGCUCUUACAUGCUCAACAAGCGGCGCAAUCUCAGCAGAUGGUUGCCGUCGCACAACAUGCCGCACACGCACAGCACGCCGCCGCGGCAGCAGCCGCUGCUCACAUGCAGCGUUCAGCUCUAUCGGCGGGCUCACUGUCCAGUUCGGGCAUGUCAACGCCCGUCGGCACGCCGGUGCAUACACCGACACCAGGCGCUGCUGCAGCGAGCGGCCUGCUAACGCGGCCCUCUUCUGCCGCCGGCGGCUACAUCAGCGCAGCUGCAGCACAUACCGCUCUGCGUCCACAGGCAGUGCAGCUGUCUGCCGCACCUACUGCCGGCAAUUCGCAAUACGCGGCCGCAGCCGCUGCGGCUGCCAUGCAACAGCAGGGUUUCUUCUACCCGGCUGGCAUGAUGGCUGCACCGGCGUCGACUGCGUAUCCUUAUGCAGCUAUCGGUGCAAUACAGACAGCUAUGCCUACGGCAGCUGGCAUGCCAGCCACGCUAUCCGGCAUGACAGCUGCGCCGGCCAGUGCGACGGGCAGUGCCAUGGUGCUGAAUCCAUACAAGAAAAUGAAGACCUCGUAAGAAGUUGACUUUUUGGAGGCGUUCAAGCGUGCACGCACACGAAAUCCCACAGACUUACAAUACCAAACGGAUAUGACAAAUUAAUUUGUUAGCUAAGUCUAGCAUGCAGGGUCAAAGCGCUGCGUUUAAUUCUUCUUACUUGAACAUGAAAGUUUAUUCGAAGCUUUUGUGGCGGCGUUUUACCAAAUCACUUGUACUUAAAAAGCUACUUAAGCAUACUUUGCAAAAACGAAACAUAAGUAUCAUUUGAACUUACUAACAGACAAUUUUAAUAUAAGCGUGCCUAUUUUUUGGGUAUAACCUAAAGUGAAAGCUCUCUUAAGCUUUAAAAAGCUUAGAUACAUGUAAGAAAUAUAAGACAAAUAAGUAAAAUGCAUUACAACGAAAUGAACGAAUACUUUCACAACGCCCAUAAUUCCUUCUCAUUAAUACUAAGCUCUACAUUGAGCUUUCACGCAUGCACUGAAGUUUGCAUAUAAACUUAAAGUAAACUACACAAACCAAGUAGCAUUUUAAUUUAGUAACUUAAAUAUUAGGCGGCACUCAAAUUUUACAUAUUUUGUUGUAUACAGCAACUCGCUGCAGAAUUAUUGAACUAAAAGCUUUAAGUUGCCAUACAACGUGAGAUUUACCAUGUUUAUGAAUUAAACAUUAAUCGUGCUUUAAGCAACAAGAUUAUUGGUGUAGCUGUUAGUAGUUGGACAGUAGGUUAACAAAGCUUGAGAGCUUUAAGUCCAAGUAUAUAACUGCAAAAUCCCAGCCUAAAUCAUGCCAUUUUAACUAAAUAUAUACUUGUAGUCAUUAACUUUCGAUUUGCCAUUAAAUAUUUUAAGAAUAUUUUACUAAGCAAGAGUGUGAGCUUUUAAGACUAUUUCAUUUCUUCUCCAAUAUUUUCGAUACCUAAUGCAAAUUUAAGAACAUCGAAACAGAAACUAUUUAGUUAAAUUGUAUUCUUUAUUGGUGUUUGUCAUGCUUUCUGGUAAUUUCAUCGAAACUAAAAAAGCGUUGCUACUGUGUAAGCUUUCACAAUGAUUCGUAAUAUUAAUGAUCUAUUAUGACAGAUCGAAAUUUAAAAACUUGUUUAGUCAGACUAAGUUGCAACACCUGAGAAAGCUUUAAAUGUAAAAGCUACAAGAAAGCUAUUUGCAUACACUAAUGAAAGCUAAAUCAAUUAACGUAUUUCAGUAACAAGCUCAAAAAACCACAUGAAAAAAGGUUAUACCGAAAGCUAAAACUACUGAUAAAGCGCAAUUUCUUACCAAUGAGCUUUCACAGUUUUUUUUUUAUUAAAAAGCGGCGUUUCUAAUACUCAGUCGUUCCUAUGUAGCCAUAAAAUUCUUUAAAUUAUGUUCAGCAUGUUACUGCUAUGAGGUAAUCGAAAGCUAAAAUUAAUAACGACCUCGUGGUUGUUAAAUGAAAGCUCUAUACAAAUACGUUUACCAUUUAAAUAAAGGCAUCUUUUUUGAACAGUAGGCGGCGCUGUAUUAGCACAAAAUAGAAACGCAGCCAAAUUUUAUUCACUUGAAGUAGUGAAAGCUGCACAAACUUAAUGAAAGCUUUGCGCAAGUAGUACACUCUUAACAACCUAGCAUUAGUUUCGAAGCAUUGCUGUGAAAAAAUCUGAGAAAGCGUAUUUAAAGCUUAUUCUCUGUCUCUCGCGUCUUGUUGUGCCCACCAAACGUCAUUUAUGAAGUUGACACCAGACUUUUCUCUCUUGCAGUGACAUUGUUAAUAAUUUUCUUAGUUUAUAAUAUGUACGAAUAUAUUAGUUGUAAGCAGUUUUCGUCCCAUUUUGUGCCGUGUAUUGUACUUAUAUACACUCACGCACACAUAUCUACACCUUGUACUCUCUCUAUCUAGUUGCCAUGCUCAUUCGAUAUAUUACUCUCUAUGUUAUUGAAAGUAUUUAUACACAUAUACACGUUUCAGUUCGUACACUGCCACGCCUAGACACGCUAGGAGUAUUUGCAAAAAUAUAGUAAAUAUUUGAGCAUAUUUUUUACUCACUUAUAGUUUUUUAAAUCGCACUUCCUUAUAAAUAAUUUAUUUAUUUUUCAACCUUCAAUUGUUCCUUUAAUUAACUUAAGUAUAUGUUCUAUGCAAUACAUGAACAACAACAACAAAUUCAACGAAUGCGUGCUGUGUGAGCGUAGCGCUCUCAAUAGGCCAAGCGCUACACUGCGAAAAAUUGCAAAAAAUGUUUACGUAUGACUUACUAACUAUUUUUAUUAUUAGCGUAGUUUCUUGUUUUUUGUGUUAUUUUUAAAGCAUUCAAUAUAGAUUUAUGUAGUUGUUUUAGCGGUUAGUAUAGUCUAGGUGUUUCAAAUCUACAAAUACUUGUUUUUAAAUUAGUAUUAGUUGUUUGGAAAACAAUUAUUAAAGAGUAUUUAAGCAUUUACAUUUGUUCUCUUAGUUUACGUUCUCAAAAAAACUCUUUGUGCUAGUUGUUAGUAUUUUUCUUUUGUUUUUGUGCGUAUUUAUUACAGUUAUUUUUUAAGUCUUUGCUGUAUACGCGUUUUUUUUUUGGGUAUUAAAAAUAAAUUCUUUUAACUGUAAUUUUUUGUUAAUUUGUUUAUGUUUAAAUUCUUAGAUCUCUUGUGAUUAUUAUGCAUAAUUUUUGUAAGUUAUUUAUAUAUUUUUUUGUUUAUUUUAUUAAAUAUAAUAUAUGUUUAUGUAUUCUGUAACCGUUACUACCUUAAUAAUUUUUGUGAGCAUAAUUUUUGCAUUAUUGAAAUCGUGAAGUCCAGUGAAUUUGUGUUAUAUUCUUACGUCGCCUAUUUAAUUUAAUGAAAACUUAAUUUGUUUUACAAUAAAAUUUACUUUUGUUAUUGUAAAAUUAUAUAUGUAUUGCCAAUAUUACAUAGUUAUUAUUCUUUCUGCGCACUUUUGAUAUAAUUUUAAAAUAUUCUUAAUAUAAAUCAUAUGUAUAAUUUUACUAUACCUAGCUUCAAUUUCGGAACUUUAGAAUUCAUAGACAUGUAUUUAUAAUUGUAUUUAUAGUCUAGCUUAGCGCGCUUACUUAACUACUUACUCUAAACAGCCAACUAGCCAAUACCUACACUGCGCCUGGUUGCUAUUACACCGCCACUCUCACACUUAAAACAGCACUACGUUCAAAAGCUCUCUAACAGGAAACAACACUCACCCACAAUCACAAAACAGCGCUACGCUAGCGAAUUCUCUCACACUCAAACAAGCGCUCUCAUAAAAACUUUGUCACACCAUAUGCAUACACAAAGCUAACGAUCUUGUGCUCAGAACGCUUUCUACACACUACGAAAUAGCAAAACAACUGACUUAGCUAUGAUUGUGCGCUUUCUCUUCCACUCACUCAUUCUAAGUUGCUUUGUUUUGACUGUACACUGAAAAAAAUUACAAAUAUUAAAGAAACAAAAUUUUUUUCACAAAUAUAUGGCAACCAUCAAUGUAUGUAAGUGCGUUGAUAAAAAGAAAAAUAGCACACACAAAAUAAUGCUUGAAGUUUCAAAUUAAGAUGAUACCGCUACAUAAUAAUUUUAAAAACAAAAACAAAAAACUGAUAUGCAAAUAUGUAAAAUAACUAAGAAAAGUCUAUAUAUAAAGCUGAGCGGCGAUGUAUAAUCGAAAAGCUCGUGUGCUUUACUAUCUGGCUGGCGUAUUAGUAUCUAAUUGUGACAAAAACAAAAUGAAAUAUAUCGCUAUCUACCUAUAAAUCUAUGCUCUAGAAAUUCGUUGUAUUUAUUAGCACACGCUAAAGAGAAACCUUCAUUAUUUUUUAACUGUUUUCCUGUAUGUCAUAUUAUUUGGUUAUAAAUAUUAUAUUUAUAUACAUAUAUAUAUGUAUGUUAUUUUUUAUCUAAAUCUAAUUACUAAAAACUUUGUAUCACUGUUAGUUUGCCUUUUUCUCGUCUAUUUGGGAAUAAAAAUAUAAAUUACAUCAUUUGUUAGUAUAUGUAAAAGCAAAAAACAAAACAAAAAAAAAUAAGAAAAUUAUACACUUGAAAUAUUUUAACCACCACUGACUACUGUUAUUAUUAAUAAGUACAUAUAUUCAUUGCUAUUGUAAUUUUAUGUUUUUAAUUAAUUGUUUGUUUAAUUUGUGAAAAUAAUUUGGAAAAUCAAUUUAUGUAUAUUAAAAUAUAUAUAUAUUUAGCUUAAAAAAAACAAUUGGUAUUUUUUGUUUGGUUGCUUAAUAUUGUAAUAGCUUGAAAAAGCACUCCAUUUUAUUGGUUGAAUAUUUUAUUCUUAAAUUCUACUUUUAAUUUGUUGUGGUUUAGGUGAAAACUUGCAAAAAGAAUCUAUCGUUAGCUUUUCCUGCUUGCGUUUGCUCUUUCUUUAAGACUCUUUCUCUCUCUCUCUUACGUUAUUUGGUCUCCUCUUAAGGUUUAUAAAUUACUCACGCUUCCACAAGCUUUUCUGUCCUCAUUUGCUCCUUUAGUUAUGUUUCUUUGUAUAUACAUUUAUUUCUCCAUCAUUAUCUCAUUGGCGCGCUCUCUCGCGUGCUGGCUUCUAUGUAAAUAUGUGUAAGUAAUGUAUGCUCUCAUUUUAGUGCCUUCAUUUUUCAAACACAUUUUUUAUGAAUUGAUAAUAUAUCAAUAUUUAGAUCUCUUAGUUGAUAUUGUGUCUUGAAACCCUUGUCAUUAAAACUUGCCAGCUGCAAUCUACGAGUAUUUAUUAUAUAUUAAGUUUAUAUAUUUUUGUGCAUUAUCUUCAUUUUAUUUUGUAAUUUUUAAUAGCUUUAGUAUUUAGAAAGAUCAAUUCUCACUUCGAGAAUCUUCACUGACUUCUCUCAAGAAGUUUUAUAUUAUGUCUCUUGCUCACUUGGACAAAUGCUACUAUGAACUACCAUCGAGAGCAACACUAAGAGUGAGUAGAAAUCACUUAUUCAAUAAAAAAGAUCACAGUAUUUAUUUUUUAAUUUCAAAAGCUUUUCUCUAUGCUCACAACGAUAACAUUGAAAACUUCGUUGUCUAAAUAUCUCCUUAAAAUGUUGCUCGAAAGCUUCAAUCUAUGAAACGUAUUGAUCUUCUCUGUAAACUUUUUGAAGUGGUGCUAAAAAUUUUAAAUUAUUAUUGUAUGCAAAUAUGAUUUUUCUCUUCGUUCUGCUUGUUAUAUAAUAAACAUAAUUGUUAAUUUCUUUAAAGCUUUAACGAGAAUUAAAAUUUAACAAAAGUCUACAAGCUUUCAAAUCAUUAUGUUUGUAAAAAUAUAAUAUUACUAUAAGAAAAAAUACAAAUCUAUAGUUGCUAACCAUGCCACAGCUACAGAACUUAUAAUUUUCAAAAGCUUAGCAACAAGGCUUUUGAACGAAAAGCUCAAUUCGCAUGCAUACUCCAAGCGAUAAAAAAGUUCAGCUUUAAACUAUUUAUUUUGUCUUUUAAGAAAUCUUAGCCAUUAUUAAGUUUUAGUUUACUUGAUGAAAGCUUUUUGAUAUAAAUUGCCUUAAAAAUCUGUUAUUUUGGCUAUAUGUUGCAUAAUUAGGCAAAAGCUUACUAAAGGCAAGUACAGUAUUAGGCAAGCUUUUGCUAAUUUUUAAUUUUUUAUAUAUAAAUUUCCAAAACGUAGAGAAAGUCUUGCCGUGCGAGGGCUUAGGAACAUUUUUAUCCAGAUUUUUAAUAUAUUUUCAUUCAAAAAACUUGGAGAUUUAGAAAAAGCUUUUAAACAAAUUUUUAAUAACUAUCAAUACCGGCCGCUUUUCCAGUUUUAUUUUUAAAUUAUUUAAAACUUUUCUGUUUUUCUUACUUUUAAUUACUAUAUCUUUAUCAUAUAAAACUACGAGGGCAGAAUACGAAAAAACUAUACAAAAUAUUUACAAAAAAUUAUUAGGGAAUUUAAUUGAAGUUUUACAUUUUGAAAACAAAGUUUAUUACAAUGGAAUUAUAAAAACAAAAACAAAAUUGUAUACCAAAUAAUACAUAAGAUUUUCAAGUUAAAAAAUUUAGCGUAACGUUAGAAUUUAGAAGUUUUGAAAGUUUGACGUUUUUUGCGAAAAAUACUGAUAAUAUAAAGGAGCCGUCGAAACGGUAUACUACUUAUACACUAAUACAUAUUUUCCAAUAUUUAUAAAGUUUAUAAUAUUUUUAAAUAUUUAACGAAAGUAGUGAACGUAUAAAUAACAGUUCCACAGUUCAAUGCAAAACAGUUCAGAAAGAAAAAAUAAAGAAAAAUACUAAAUUUAAAAACAUAAUAAUUACAUACGGUAACACUGCACGAAUUGGCAAAAAAACGAAAUUUUUUGUAAUGUGUUUAAGACAAAUUUGUGAACGGAAGAAAAUAUGGAACUGCAGCGUAGAAGAUUACAAGGCAAAAAUGUUAAAUAGGCAAAAAAUAAUAGUGAAAUCUAAAUAUUUCGAGAUUUUACUUCAACUUAUUAUUUUCCGAUAUUUAAAACCAAUGCUUUAUAUUAUGUUUUGCUCAAAUUUAUUAUUUCACAACAGCUUUUUGAAAUAGUCCACAAUGUUUUCUUAUACAACCGCUUUUUAUAUCGUAGCUUUUGAGCUUUUGAUACUAAUGCACACUUAAAGCACAGACACACAGCACCAAUAAUGACAACAAACUAAAAAAACACUUCACUUUAAAAAAAAAAAUGUUGAAGUUUUCAAUAAAUAGAAGCCGUGAACAAUAAAAAAGAUAUAGAGCCAAAAUUUUGAACCGUAAAGAAGAGAUGUAUAAGACAUCGGUUGUAUGGAUUGCAGUCAGUAGCCUAGACUAGUUGAAGCCAGACAACUUUUAGAAGCACUUUUUCCAGCAGCUUUUAUACAUAGUGAUAGUUCUCGACAGUUAAAAUCGCAGGCGAAAGCUCAAAAGCUUCAUUUCCUUUUAUUUUUUUAUUUAUAGAAUUCUUCAAAAGUCAAACGCUUUACAGCAUUAAAAAAGUUUUUUAAACGGUAGUAAUGUUUUGAAAGUCUCAAAAGCUUUCAAAAAAUUUAUUUUUACUAAUCAUAUAUCAAAAAUGUAUAUAUAUCUACCAAACUUUGAUGCUUUUAAUGUUCAAAAGCUUAACAUUCUAUUAAAUCGCUUUAAAAAUCCCAUUUAUUCUGAAUAUAUAGAUUUCCAAAAUUCUUAAUUUUUAUUUUCUAGGUAGAAUAGUACAUAUUAGGCCAAGAAAGUUUGCGCAAAUGCAAAAAGCUCCCUAUAAGUUUUAUAAUAUUUUUUUUAUUCUCAAAAUGAAAUUGAGCACAGGACGUCAUUCAAUUACUUUAUAGUAGUGUGAAAACAAUUGUUAACCGUCCAUAUAAUAAAUGAAAGCGUUAGAAUGAAAUGAAUCUUAAAAGCUUUUGUGGGAAAUGUUUUAUUUACAAAUAUUUUAUAGAAGAAAGUAAGAAUACCUCGUUCUUUAGAAAAACUGCUGCAACGUUGUAAAUUUAAAGCAAAACAGCGAGAGAAUGAAUAUAAAGAAAGCUUGAAAGCUCGAACGUAAAAAUUAAUGUAGAAAGGCAUACAAAUAUAAUGUGUAAGCUUUAAGAUAUAGGUAUGUGCAAGCUCAAAAGCUCGAAAGUUCGAAAUCGUUAAGUAGUGAAAGCUCGCAGUUAAGAAUAUUCGUAGCGUGAAAGCUCACAGGACCUUUGUGAAAGCUCGCAUGUUCGAAAUCGUUAAAUAGUGAAAGUUCCCAGUUAAGAAUACACGCAGCGUGAAAGCUUACAGGAGAUUCAUGAUAGUAAAGUUUGGUCACGGUAUUUCAGGGUUCUUCAAGACAAGUAAUUUUAUAAGCGUACGAAAGUUAACUAUGAAAGUAUUGAGAAAUAAGUUAAUGUGAAAAAAGGAAAGAAAGUAGUAACAUUAAUAUAGAGUUAGAAAAACUAAACGACAAAAUGUAAAAAAAUAUGUUUGGAAAUGUUACGCUACAAUGAAAAAGUACUAAAAAAAACAAUAUCGUUUGCGAUAUGAAAAUUUAAAAAGAAUAUUUGAAAAAAAAUUAGAUAUGGCAACGACAGCAAAUUAAUAUUCAGUGAAAACAUAUACGUAACUACAAUAGUAAAGUGUCGAUAAACACAUACACACACCCAGACACACGCCUGCAUUUAAUGCAAAAAUAUUAUUGACAACAAUUUAGCAGCAACAACAACAACUACAGCAUAUGCAUACGUACAAAUAAUUUGCGUUGAAGAGAAUUUUAUUUGAAAAUGAAAAAGCCUAUUUAAAUUGUAACUACUUAUCGCUGCUAAUUAAUUGCGUAUGCUUCGUAAUUGUCCGUAACUAACUAGCAACAGCAAAAUUGCAAACGCACAUAUACACACACACAAACACACAUAUACACAGCUAGACACAAACACAAGCAUACAGAGUGUUAUAUACACGUUGGUACUACGAGUAUGUAAAUUACAUAAAUGAAAACGAGUAAAGUAAAUACAACAAAAACAACAUAUAUUAUUGCCAGUUUUUUGCAAAUUUUGUGGAUUGUGUAUAUUUGAUGAUUACUUAUACUUACUUACAUAAUCUCUAUUUAUUAUGCAUACUUGUAUUUAUGUAUGUAUAUGUAUCUGUAUGUAUGUACAACUAAAUAUUAUCAACUCUUAACGAUAAUAAAAUACUAUUUAAUUACUGCAAUUCGAUUUCAACUAGCAUUUACAACAACACACAAAUGUUUGCUAAACCAUACACGCAAAUAAUUAUUAUUCUAAAUAAUUACAACAAACAAACAUACAUACGUACAACAACAAAAUAUUAAACAAUUUGACUAAUGCAUAAUAUAUACAUAUAUGUAUGUAUAUAUAUAUAUAUAUUGAUUACUAUUAUUGUUAUCAUUAUUAAUACUAUGUUUAAUAUGCAAAGUAAAGUAAUAACAUAGCAAACAAAACAACAACAACUAUUAUACAAUUUGAAAACGUCAAAUUUGA